AUGGCCCAGCAUGUGAGGCUGCUGGGGUCCAAGAGGCGGUUUGUCGCUUCCGAAAGCCCAGAGGCGGAAUCGGAAUGGAUGGAGAUGGCAGUCAACCCCGGCUUGAGGAGCAGCCAUCAUGGCCACUUUGGCUCCUGCGGCGAACGGUAUUCUCGCCACCAGCCUCACGACUUUCAUCGUGGCAUGAAAUCCUUCUCGCAAGUUCAAAACAGCUCCGGACUCUCCACGACCUGCCCCCCCCUGGGCCGGCUUGCCUUUUACUCGCUGCACCAUCUACCGGUCCCGACCAUGAUCCUCGACAAGAACAAAACCGUUGUCUUGGCCAAUGAAGCGAUGGGCAAAGUCAUGGGCAUCGUCACCGAUGACCUGUGCAAACCUCAUUCGGCAGCCAUCACGGAGCGACUGAGGGGUCAAACCCUGACCCAGGUGGGGAUCGAUCUGUUGCAGGACGGUCGGCCAGUGUGGAUAGCCUGGGGCGCAUUCUUGGACUCCUUGAUCGAGAACGUCGGCGUUCGACCUCCCGUGUCAGAUUCUGGCUCCGAACCCGGCUCCAUCGACCUCGGCUGCCAGGAAGACUCAACAAGCCAUGCCGCCCAGGAUGCCGUCGUCGAGGUCGUCAUAAGUCGCAAGGACAUCAGCAGAGCGACCUUUGACGGCAGUGCCGAGACCAACGAAUUCGCUCACCAAGUCUUCGCCAAAAUGAUCAUCACCAUUUGGGCCGUCGACGAGGGCGAGACAUUCUUCACCUUGACUUUCACCAACACACCGCUGGCGCCGUCCAUGCCGCCGAGUGCGUGGAAAUCCAUCGUCAUGCCCGGCGUCGCCGAGACUGUCGACUCAAACACCAACACUGCAGAAAAAUCAGAUCUUGAUUCAAAGGCCUCGGUCCGAGACGCAACGUCGCCGUUUCUCCAGAGCUCCGGCGGCGUCGCCAUGUCAUCGAGCCCGUUCCCCCCCAUGGGCCCUCCGAUGUUCACCAAUCAGCUGGAUACGCGCUCCCUGCUGCAGAAGAUCAUCCUGAUGAAGGACGCACUGCUGGACGAGACCCAGACUCCCAUCUUGGCCAUGUGGAAGGAUGGAAGUGUCGCGUUUCCGAACAGGGCGGCGAGGUUGCUCUUCUCCAAAGACGCAGACCAUGAUACACCCACCGAUGGAUUUGAGCUUCUCCGCCAUUGGAAACUCUUGACCGACGACUUCAUGCGGGAGCUAUCCAUAGACGAGUACCCGAUAUCCGUUCUCCUUCGAACCGAGACUCCGUUCGAUAGCAUCCGCGUCGGCAUUGUCGACAGGGAAUCGAGGAAGAAGGUAUUCGAUAUAUCGGGCGAAGCCAUCCGCGACAACAAUACCGGAGAGUUUCUUGCCGGCGUAGUAACGGCGCAUGACGUCACCGCCGCAACAGAAAAGAUGUCGCAAAUUCAGAAGCGGGACGAGGAACGAUUCAAACUCAUCUGCGAUACGAUGCCACAGUUGGUGUGGACGGCCAAACCCGACGGAAUAUGCGACUUCUUUAAUACGAGAUGGUAUGCGUACACGGGUUUAAAACCAGAGCAAUGCUUGGGGGUCAAGUGGCAGGCACCGGUUCAUCAGGCGGACAUUGUCGAGGCCAACUCCCGAUGGCAGCGCUCGCUGCAGACCGGCGAGCCGUACCAGAUGGAGUACCGGUGCCGUCGCGAAGAUGGUGAAUGGAGAUGGUUCCUGGGCCGCGCCUUGGCCAUACGAAGUAAAAGCACUGGCGAGAUAGAAAAAUGGUUCGGCACCUGCACCGACAUUCAUGAAAGCAUGGAGACAAAGCUGAGCGCCAAACGCACCCGCGAGCAGCUGCGAAGCGUCAUUGCCCACUCCGAAGUAACCAUCUUCACCGUCGACCCGCAUCAUAACGUAACUAUGCUCGAGGGUGCUUUGCUGUGGAACAACAUCGAUGAGGACAACCGCGGCAGUCAAUGGUUCAUCGGCCAGAACAUAUAUACAGUCUUCAGUCGUCUCACCCGCCGUCGGCAAGACUGCAAGCAGCUAGAAUUCCUCCGGCCGAUUGAUGAUAUCCUCGAUGCUAGCUCUGGCGGCAACGUCAAGGAGCACUCGAUUGACAAUCGCUUCUACCGAACUCGUCUCCUGCCCAUGCACGGUGACAUAAAACAGGGCGACAAAAUGACCGAGGAGAAGUGUAUCGAAGGUGUGAUUGGCGUCAUCAUUGACGUGACGGAAUUAAAGGAGAAAGAAAAAGCAAUUCGAGAGCAGUCAAUGGAGAAGCGGCGAGCACUAACAAACGAAGCAGCUGCCAACGAGGCGAACCGGCUCAAAGGUCAGUUCUUGGCGAACAUGUCACACGAGAUUCGAACUCCCAUUACGGGUGUGCUCGGAAUGGCCGAGCUGUUGCGUGACUUGGACCUGAAUGAGGAGCAGCGCGACUACGUCGACAAUAUCCACAGCUCUGCGGCAUCCCUCCUGACAGUAAUCAACGAUAUUCUCGAUUUUUCCAAGAUCGAAUCUGGUCAUUUGGACAUUGAGGAUGUCCAAUUCUCCCUUCCUCUUAUUGUCAAGGAAGUCGGGCGAAUGAUCAAGUUCGCGGUGCAGCGUAAAGGAUUAGACUUUCAACUAUUUAUUGAUAGCAAUAUUCCCGAUAAUAUGGUAGUUAUCGGAGAUCCAGGUCGAGUUAGGCAAAUUGCUACAAAUCUCCUGGCGAAUAGUAUGAAGUUUACAACCGAGGGGCUGGUGCGCUUCUCCGUCACGGCGGAGCAAGAAACGGCGGACUCUGUUGAGAUUCGGUUUACGGUCGAAGACAGCGGAAUCGGCAUGGACCCUGGCGUGCGCAAGAAGCUCUUUCAACCCUUCUCCCAGGGCGACGCGUCGACCUCUCGAAGGUUCGGGGGAACCGGCCUCGGACUGACGAUAUGCAAGAAUUUGCUCGAUCUCAUGCGCGGCCGCAUAGCCAUACAUUCGGCGGCUGGGGCCGGAACGACGGCGACGUUUUGGAUUCCUUUCGGCAAGCCAAAUCUGCCUCGAAAGUUGAAUCUGGUGCAGAGUGGAACGAUGCCUGAUCGUCUCGAGUCCGUUCUUGGCUUUCCAAGCUGCAGGUCCGAGCAUGUCUCGACAGAUUCAGGCAGAUCACAACUACUGUCACCGCCCCCUCAACCGUUACCUAUUCCGAUACCAAGCACCGAACAGGUGCUACCUCGUUGCGAGAGAGAGAAAAUACACAUCCUGGUCGUGGAAGACAAGUGA